AUGGAGUGUGCAAGUUCCUUCUUCUCUGUGAUUGGUGGUGAUAUGGAACAAGGACCUUUGGUUGGAACUAUGGAGUUCCAUGAGUCUUCCUCAGAUUCUGAGGGUGAAUUCGUGGAUGCCAAUGAAGAGUUUUCAAAUGGAGAUGGUCUGUGUGGGAAUGAGGAUCCAACUAACUCAAAGCUUACCUUGAACUUGUCAUCAGCGGCAUCCUGUAGGUCCUGGCAGGCCAAGGAGGGUAAAAUGUGGCUUCAAGGGUCAGAACAAAUACCAGUAAUCCCAAGAAGCCCUUCCUUGCCCAAUAGUAGAUCUGGCAACAUGACCCCAGAAGACCCAUCAUUGAUGACCAGUGAAGACCUGGUGAAGGCCAUCCAGCUGACAUGCCAUGUCACUGACCUAUUCUUCAACAAUGAAUUUAAGAAGGCCAAGGCAUUGCUAAAAGCAGGAGCUGGAUCCAGCUUUUACCCUGCUUUGGGGUAUGGUGUAAUCAUGUGCCUAGAAGCUGUGAUGACGAUGAGUGAGGAAGAUAUCCAGGCAGCCCUUCAUACCAUGAAGAAUUCCAUUGAGGUGUGUCAGCGGUUUCGAAAGAAGCAGGGGAGCCUUUUGACAUCUACAAUGUCUAGGAUGGUGAGGUUCAAUCAAGUUCCUAAAUGGAGUGAAGUUGAGGCUCAUGCUGAACUCUGCUAUUCAGAAUGUUACCUGCUUAAAGCAGUCCUAACAUUCAUCGAAGAUGAGAAUCUCAUCAGCUUUGUUAAAGCUGGGCUUCAGAUCCGAUCUGCUUAUGGUUCCUACAAAGACUGCUGGACUUUUUCACAGUCACAGAACUUAGAAUGGUCAAAGUACAUCAGGGAAAAUUUUGUUUGUGGAGUCAAGUUGGGAGUAGGUGGAUUCAAUCUGCUUCUGUCUCUACUGCCACAGCGAGUUCUCCGUCUUCUUGAGUGGAUUGGCUUCUCAGGCAGCCGGACCUUUGGUCUGCGGCAAUUAGAAGAUGGGCAGAAGUGUGAGGGUUCAAUCCGCCAAACCAUGUGCAGGCUUAUCAUAGCUGGCUAUCAUCUGUUUGUGACCUUCCUCUUUGGGAUUGGAGAUGGUGAUCUCCAACAGGCAGCAUCCAUACUCACUGCUCUUCAGGCUAAAUAUCCCAGUGGGGCUUUCCCUCUGUUUCUGGCUGGUCGUUUGAAACUCGUUGAAGGUAACUUCGAGGAAGCAGUGAAAUUACAUCACCAGGCAUGGCACUCCCAAGAUCAAUGGGUCCAGUUUCAUCACUUUUGCUUCUGGGAGAUCAUGUGGUCACACAUGUAUCUGUGUGAAUGGGAGAGAGCAGCAGAGUUUGCACAGAAACUUUUCAAGGAGUCCCGCUGGUCUCCAUGUGUCUAUGCUUACUCUCUGGCCAUAUUACUUCUCGAAAUUCGUGAUCCAACUCCAGAACAGGAGAAAGAGAGAAAUGAACUCAUGAGGAAAGUGCCGAGUUACCGACAGCGUAUAGCAGGAAAGUCGAUUCCACUGGAGAAGUUUGCUGGCAAAAAAAGUGAACGAUAUUUUGCCCAGGGGGAGAAGCUAGUGUUACCCUCCCUAGAGGCCAUCUAUCUGCACAAUGGAUUUCUAGUCAUUGGAAAGAGAAAGGACCUCCUUGAAUCCAUUUUGGACAAUGUAUCGCUGGCUCAGGAAUCUUUAGAAAAAGGGAAUACCUACUAUGUGGAUAACUGGUGCCUGACAAUGGUCCUGCGAGGAAUGUGCUUGAGGUACCUGAAAAGGGCAAGUGAGGCAGAAGUCACUUUUGCUGCUGCUCUCCAGAAGAAAGAUGAGAUCCAGGAUGAUACGUAUCUGCCUCCCUACAUAACAGCCGAGUUGGGGUUCCUUCAUCUAGAGCUGGGAAAUCUGGUCAAGGCCAAAUCUUUCCUCGAAUCUGCCAAGUCUGACUACAAGGGCUUCUCGCUGGAGUCUCGACUCCACUUCCGAAUCCAUGCAGCUCUAAAAAUCAUCAGGCAGCAGGAGAAAGAUAUAAUGAAAAGCUAUGUCCUGGGUUCCACAUGGCUUCCAUCUCCAAGGAUGCUAAACUUGAAUGAGUUGAAGUACAGCAGCAAAAUGCUUGACAUCAUUCACUGGGUUGAAUUGCAGAGCAGGAAGGUCCUGGAGGAAAUUCAACUGCAGAAAAAGCAGUUGCUGUUGAAGCAAGGGGUUGCUGCAAGUCUUUCAUCUACUUCAUUAUACUCAUCUCCUCCCACCCCUCAACUGGCACCUUCACCAGCAAAUGGAUCUCUUGUUGGCAGUGAGACUGCACUCUUAAACCCAGCCCAGCAAGCUACAUUGCAGCAGGCAUAUGCCACUUCCCUUGGGUACUUUGUCCCACAAGACUCUGCAUUUGGGAACCUCAUUCUUCCUGUGAUCCCCAGAUUGGACCUCAAACCAUCUCUACCUCUUACCAAAUAGAUCCCAGAGAAUGAAGAGGAAAGAAUUGGAAAUGCUGCUACAAGAUGUCUCAGGUUUCUCCCACCCAAAAGUGAACUUGGAGCAGUAUGAAACGCGGCCCCACAUUGCAGCCUCGAUGCUUUACACCAUACAGUCCUCGUUUGAUGACAUCGCAGGGAAACGCAUCCUGGAUCUUGGUUGUGGUUGUGGGAUGUUGUCCCUCGGUUCGGCCUUUCUCGGUGCAUCCUAUAUCCUCGGUGUCGACAUCGACACGGCCGCAUUGCAGACCUUGUUGCAGAAUGCAGUGGACUUUGAGGCUUCAGCCAUCGACUGUCUGCUUUCAGAUGUGCAACAAAUGCCUAUCCUUCACAAGGGACAGUUUGACACUGUGAUCAUGAAUCCUCCAUUUGGGACCAAACAGAACCAAGGCAUCGACAUGGAGUUUCUUCGAGAAGCCAUCGAGUGUUGCGAAGGUGCAGUGUACUCUUUGCAUAAGACAGCAACCCGAGAUCACGUGCUGAAGAAGGCCGCCUCGUGGGGUCGGGAGGGAAAGGUCUUGGCCGAGCUCAGGUACGAUCUUCCGUCGUCCUUGUCCUUCCAUAGGAAGCGAUCUGUUGACAUCCAAGUGGAUUUCUUCCGAUUUGCACCAAAGAGGUGAUGCACUGUUCCUUGAAUGGUUUUCAUUCAUUUUAUGCAAUAAAGCUGGC